AUGACGGACGAAAGCUUAGCGCCUUUUCACCGGAAUCGAAGGAGAUUACCUCGGAAACGGCUUCAGCAUGAAUCUUCCAGUAAGGCCAAUCGACAACUGGUCAAGAGGAAUCCGCCGUCGUCUUCUAGUGGAACCGACCUUCGAAUCUAUUCACCGAACACUUUCACUCGAAAUGGGAAUUCCUGUCUGCAUCCUGGAUCCCGAGAGCCGGCUUUUUCCCAUUACUCUCACUUUGACUUCGCCGAGCCGAACCACUCUGCUGACGCUUCUCUGCACCCGCCUUCAGAAGCAUCUAUAUAUCAUAGUCUUUUAGGUACCGAGCAACCACCGGACGAUGGAUCUACUCUAACCUGCCCUACCACCACAGGCCUGACCAUGACCAAUUGUCCACCAAGUUCCUCUAGUACUACCUCAGUUAUCACUACUAGCGCUUCUGCUUCUGGCCCAGCAGUCAGUGGUCUCAAUAGUAAUAACCAGUCACACCUCUCUACGAAUACGCCUUUCGGCUCCUCGGAACUUGGCAAUGCGACUACUGGGCACAGCUACUUAAAAGGGUCCAAGAUUCGUCAACUCCAUACUCAUCGACGUACUACAACACUGACACAGAGCGGCAAUGGCCAAUUUGAAGUUUUAGAGAGGGAGGCGGUUCGGGAACGGGUGCCAGAUAAGCUUAACCGGCGCUCUAAUUUGUCCCGAAAACAGGCAACUUUGGACGAAGAUACAGACUCAGUCUGCUUGUCUGAAAAAAAUGAAUUUGUACGAGAAGAGGUCCGGCUAGCUGGAGAUAUAAAAGCUCGGCGGACUGAGACUGGAGUCGUUGGUGGCUCAGCAUCACUUAACGAAGUCAUUUUGAAGGGGUUGGUAACUCGAACCAUAGAUCCAGAGCCAAAUAGGCGUUUAGGGAUGUUUGAAGAUUUUCCUUCCGAAGAGUUCGGACUCGAUGUUCUAGGCCGAUUUCAGCUGGUAUCACAGCAGCAAAAGCGCCAGCCUUCGAAUCAAAAUAGCAUCCGGCUUUUGGGGGAAGCAAGUCGAAUGGAACCACUUUCGAUAAUACGCAAAAGAAGCUCAUCUUUCUCGAUUCCUGAAGGUCAGUCAUCACUAAAUGUUUCUGACGUCGUUGGCUUUGAGGCCGGUACAACUGACUUCACGGACCAAGCCAUGGCGAGCGCCGGAUCAGCCAUUAGUGAGAUUGGAUUUGAGAACUACGAUUCCCUUGAUUAUGAUAGUGAAGAGGAGAUGGUGGCAGAGGAUGCAAAGGAGUCGGGUGUCAGAUUCAGGAGAUUGCAAACCACAAAUGUUCCUGGGGGACUUAAGGACUUUAAACAAACUUUGCUUUCAAACUGGGAUUCAGAAGAGGAAAUUCACAAUGCUGAAGCUAUCAAGACACCCCCACCUGUUAUUGACAUAUCGGAUCUUGUCAGCAGAAUUAUCAAAAACUCUCCUCUGAGUGAGUUGGUUUUGAUUUCUUUUAUGCACAUCUCAGCUACCUUGCUCUUCUUUCUCAGUAAAUCCGGGUGGUUUGAGUUAAUCAUGUUACUUCCACAACUCUGGUUCAUGCCAUUCUACUGUGAUGCAUUUCUCCUUUUUGAUAAAUGGUGUGGAUUGCUUCAUUCAGAAAAUUCAUCAUCCACUAUUAAAUGUCCAAUUUAA